AUUGACGUCACGCAAACGCCAUUUUGUAAAGUGUCCGCUUUAGUCAAUUUUUUGAAAAAGUGUAAAAUAGUUAUUUCGCAUGAUUUUGUGUACAUUAAAUACCUAAUAAAAGCCAAAGUUUGAAUUAACGUCUUGUACGUUAAUCACACACACAAUUAUAAUGGAGGACAAGGCGUCGCUUAAAGAACUAGAUCAAUGGAUACAACAGCUAAAUGAAUGCAAGCAAUUGACAGAAAAUCAAGUUAAAACGUUAUGUGACAAGGCAAAGGAGAUCCUGACGAAGGAAUCUAACGUCCAAGAAGUAAAAUGUCCGGUGACCGUAUGCGGCGACGUGCACGGUCAGUUUCACGACUUGAUGGAACUGUUCCGCAUCGGGGGACGUUCUCCGGAUACCAACUACCUGUUCAUGGGCGACUACGUGGACCGCGGCUACUACAGUGUCGAAACGGUCACAUUGCUCGUUGCGCUUAAGGUGCGUUACCGCGAGAGAAUAACCAUCCUGCGAGGAAAUCACGAAUCGCGUCAGAUCACUCAAGUGUACGGCUUCUACGACGAGUGCCUCCGGAAAUACGGCAACGCGUCCGUCUGGAAGCACUUCACCGAUCUAUUCGAUUUCCUGCCCUUGACGGCGCUCGUAGAUGGACAGAUAUUCUGCCUGCACGGUGGACUCAGUCCGUCAAUCGACACCCUCGACCACAUCAGAGCUCUGGACCGUCUGCAGGAAGUGCCCCACGAAGGACCCAUGUGCGAUCUCCUCUGGAGUGAUCCCGAUGACAGAGGUGGAUGGGGCAUAUCUCCCCGUGGAGCCGGCUACACGUUCGGACAGGACAUCUCGGAGACGUUCAACCACAGCAACGGGCUCACGCUCGUGUCCCGCGCCCACCAGCUCGUCAUGGAGGGGUACAACUGGUGUCACGACAGAAACGUCGUCACUAUAUUCUCAGCACCCAACUACUGCUAUAGAUGUGGUAAUCAAGCCGCCAUAAUGGAAUUGGAUGAUGCACUCAAGUAUUCAUUCCUGCAGUUCGACCCCGCCCCGCGCCGCGGCGAGCCGCACGUCACGCGGCGGACGCCAGAUUACUUCAUGUAGGCUGCCCAAAAGGCGCAUAUCAAGCAGGAGCCGUGCCAGAGGCCCCCUGCCCCCCGCCGCCUCGCCGCUUCCCCGCGCGCCCCCCCGCCACGGCUCCGCCACCACUACUCGCGUUCUGCACGCCGUCACACUACUCAACACAAACACUAUAAACCCGUUUACACAGAAUAUGACACAGGACCAUUCGUCAACUUACGUUCUUUAAACAUUUUAUUAACCGGAAUCGAAGGGCCCAAGGGCGUACGUAACAAACCUUGUCAUUUGUCGAAUUGGCAAUGGUAUUAUACAUAUUGUUAAAAUUUAACAAAGACCUUAAAUGCAUUGUAUAAGAUCGCGCGCGAGCGUGUCAAACUAUAAAAUGCAUAUUACGAAGAUUAGUACAAGGUUUUUUUUUAAAUCGUGAUUUUUGUACUGCUCAUUCUUGCCCGUGGGGUCCAUCGAUUGCGUUCCUGCAAGUUCAAUUUUCGCGUGAAUGUGUGCGUGUGUGAUGCGAAGUGUGUUCUGUACGCGGACUUAUUCUGGUGCGUUUUGAAAAUUCGUUUAAAGUGCGCGUAUCCACAAAACGUUACGAGAAUAAGGCCCCUCUGCUGUUCCAUUUUUUAAAUCCUGUACGUGCGAGAUUGCUAGUCAAUGUGUGAUUGGAAUACGUUAUUGUUGUACACACACUGCAACCGGUGUAGUAGUGGAACGUUUUGUACCUUCAACGUGUGCUUUAAAUUCGAAACUUGGUCUAAAUUGUGUCAAAUAGUAAGUUGUGGUCGUACUACGCGGUGUUGACUUCAGCGUCAGAAUCGCGCGAAUAUUAAUGUCGAAAUUAUAAUAGUUUGGAAACAAUCGGUGUUCUAUGUAUAUUGCAAACGAUUAUUAAUCUAUGUCCGUACACAUAAUUAUAGAUUUAUCUUUGGUAAUAUAGAUAGAGUAUCGUUGAACGCAUGUUUCGUAUCGAAAACGAGCAGUCCAAUAUAGAGAGAUUGUAAAGUUUUAAAGGUGAUUUUGUAAAAUGAACUAAGAAGCUUUAUAGGGAAUUUAGGUAACGUCUGAUGAAAGUACAUAUUUGCGUAAAGUUUUCUUGUUACAUUUUCUGCGUGACGGUUAAAUGUCGCGCGUCACGUGUGACUAGAGUUCACGUUAGUAGAGGAGGGCGGGGCCAACUAAUUGCCCCUUGCACGGCUUCACCGGACAGUAUUUGUUGGAUGAGAAAUUUUAAACUAGCCUUACCUGACUGACUGGCUUCAAGUUUUGGCGAGAUCAAUUGAAAUUUUUUGUGACCAAUAUGUGACCAAUACACAUUAACACGAUAGAAUGCUUACGUGAAAUUUCUCAUCAGCAAACACUGUCCCGUCGAGUCGCAGACGUGCGGGCGCGCGCGUUAUGCUGGUAUGUUCAUUAGCAGCCGAAAACAAAAUGUAUUACAACAAUAUGUAUCAAAGACAAUUAGACCUCAUUAAACGGCGUUCAUUUGCUAACAACGUAGUUUUAUUUCGCAUCCGCAAGUCACCAACGAAUGAACAAUGGACAUACCAUCAUAAUUCAUCAUUGGUGACUCUCAUCAACUCACAGCUCACUCGGGUCUGAUUAGACGCAGAGCUACGAGCGCAUCGUUGGUCUGCAUGCAAACCGACGAAGCUCAAUAAUGUAUUUAUACGCUUUUUAUCUACUCAGGUCCGUGUUUCUGUAAAGGUCCGCGUCUUCGAUAGUCCGAUCUUAACGUGUUCGAUAGCGAACAACUGACAAUACGUAUUUAAUAAUAAAAUUGGUGUUUGAAUAGAACCGACUAUCGCUGAGACGCUGUCCUUUCGUGUAAGUCUAUAAAGAACGUACAACGGAUGCACUUUUAUAUAUAUAUGUGUGUAAACUUAUCGAUUCGUAUUUACAUUCUUCAAUCGAACAAUUCAGUAAAUAAUACAUUAGAAUAAGAAUUGUUAAAGUUAUUCCACUCAUUAGCCGUUUUGAAUGUUCGCAAACAUUACGUUACACAAUUACAAGCGACCAUCUCAUUAUUAUUAUUUUUUACAUAACCAUCGUUGUACACUUUGUUCAACGGCGCGCAUUUAAUUUUAUGGCAGAAUGGUAUUUUUUUAUGUUUAGUAUAAUUAUUAUAUUUAAUUAUGAAUGAAUAGCCCGACUGUAAGUCUUAUAGAAUAUUAGUUAUUAAUGUAUUCCCAGUGCAAUCGUUCUGUCAUAAAAUGUCGAAAAGUGCAUUAAUAUAUUGUUUAUUCCAUUAAAGAUUCAAUUUUCUUUUCGAGUGACCAGUACCUGUAAAAGAUGGAAUAGUGUUUCACAAUAGUGGAGCUUUAAGUUGGUAUAAUUUAAUUAUUUUAGGUAAUUGUGUAAAUACCUAAUGAUGAAGGCAUUAAAAUAGAUUUUUUUAUUGUUAAGUGUAUGUUUGGAAUGUCUCAUUUGGUUAAACACUUGACACGGCACCGGAGCGAGGUAAGUAAAACUAUUAAAUUUUAAUUGCGAUGUCAUUACCAUAGAUGAUAGAAGUAAGAGGAUAUGCAAUGAUGUUGACAACCAAUUUGAGCCACCAUUAUUAUAUACGCAGAUGCAAUUUGAUACAAAACUUCCUCUGAAAUUAUUGACCUUUGAUUUAUCGAUAUAAUAUUAUGCAUGUUCAUUAUUUGUUAACAAUAUUAUUUAUUGUAAUAUUUAACACUAGUUGACAAUAAUACGUUCCUUACAUUGUGAUGCUAUGUUAUACACUUAAUAUUAUUUACAUAUUCGUGUGACAUGAUAACUUCCUAAUAAGUUUUCCAGCAGAAGAAGCUGAAACGCAUGUUAUUUUUCAACUUUCAUGAGGAUCCAGUGCUUCAUACUAUGCAGAAUAUCAUAGUCGGAUUUAGAGAUUAAAGAACCGAAAUGUAUGAAUUUGUUGAUAUUUUGUUGUUCAGUGUUACUACAACAUGCCUCUUGUCACGCAUCCCCUCUUACUUCAAUUGAAUUUAUUCAAGUUUGUAGUAUUUUGACACGGAUAAGUCAUUACAUAAGUGUGGAGGUGACUUUAUAUAUAACGUCCUAUCAAUGUUAUCACUCACAUGCAUGUAAGACCUUGUCGACCUUUUUAAAUAUUUGAACGUUUUGGUCUUUUAAAGUAUUCUAAAUUCUUUAUCUUUAUUACAUAAUAAAAUCAUUCUUUUAUUUGUAGUGUUUGAACUGACAAAAGUAAUAGUCGAGUUAAUGUCUCGAAAUGAAAACACAAAACACUUUUGUUGGUGCCAUCAAAUUAAUUUAAGAAAAUUAAUUCAUUAGAUUUCAAAAAUAAUGAAUUUGAUUUCCAACUAUUUGUUUUGGAAACGCGUGUGUCGUAAAAUAUACAAAGAGUAUGCCCACCAACGACACCUGAAGCCACACGUUUCAUUGAUCUUAAGUAUUAAGUAUGUAAGUUGUAGGUAAAAUAAAUAAUAAAAAAAAAGUAAAAAAAUACAAAAAAAAUUAUUAAAUAUAUAAUGAUUCUGAGCGUCUCUAGCGUGGAAUAAAAGUAUAGUACAAUGAUAACUUGUUCGGUUCUAAUUAUUUCACACUAAAGACACUUGUAUAAAUAAUUAAGGCUUUCCUGGAAAAUGCAUAGAAACGCGAAGCCACUGUUGGAAACAAAUCUUUUUGUACCGGACGCCGCUAGAAGGUGUGCCACAAGUAAUGUUCUCGACUAGUUCAACUCUAUGGCAAUAAUAAUAUGUAACAGAUCCGUUAAAAUAAUUUAUUCUUGAACUCUGUACUAUGCCCGUUGAUAGGAAAAUAGAUAAUAAAUAAAAUUAAUCGUAAAAAAAAA